GUUUGAAUUUCCAUUUAAUAAAAAGGUUUGAGACUAUUUUCCUUUCCAGGCCUCAAUCUUUACAAUGGGGGAUAAUAGUGGCAGCAAACUUACCUGGUAAAACCAUUUUCAAGGAUUUUUUUUCCGUUAUUAACACUUUUUAAAUCGAUAAAGGAGCGAUUGGGUUUCUGAAAUUAGCUUCCGCUUUAAAUUGAACUGAAACAAUUUAUGUUGUGAAAAAAUAACUAUGGAGGAUGGAAAUGUAAUCAUACAAUUUUCAACUCACAAUUUUAAUAAGAUUUGAGGUUGAACAAAGGAAAAAAAUUGAAUUUUUUUUUUGAUUCACUCCAAAUCUGAUAAAAGACUAUCCAGUCAGUUUUCCCUUGGGGUUUAUAACUUGAAUUCUAGUCUGAUAAGAGUAAAGGAAAUGUAGGUCGAGUUGAAAAAUUAGGCACAGGCAAGCAGUGAAAUGACAUCAUUAUGGGAAUGGGCAAGUUGAGUGACUAUAAAUAGAAUCAGAGGAACUUUUAUCCGAACUGUAAACAGAAGUCAUCAUCUAGGUCGUUGGGCAUGGCUGUUGGUUUGCAGCCCCUGGAUGGGUCACUGUUUGCACACUCGAUGACCACAUACAACCCACUGAAGGUAGUGUUUAAAGUCCACUGGAGUGUUGCAGUUGUAUCCCAGUUUCUAAUCUGUGAAAUCACAAUCAGAUGUCGUUCGUGUAACUGUUGGACUAUGUAUUGACGUGUGCUGUAGUGUUGGACUAAUAAAUAGAUUGUUACUUUAACAUGGCCCUUUUGUCAACCGGAGGACUGUUCCACAGGAUCAGUGGAGCAGGUAUUUUAGCACGCACAUCUCGCUGUACAACACUAAGAGGAUUGUCAACGGUAUUGUCGGAUGAAGCUAAGGUUAAGAAGGAAAGAAAGAAUCUCCUUCCUCAUAUCGUUGAAUAUGGAGGUCCAUUGAUGAAGACUACUGUCCCUGGACCAAAAUCUCAAGAGCUGCUGAAGUCAUUUGAUGAUGUAACUAAGAAUGUUGAGACUGUACAGUAUUUUGUGGACUUUCAUCAGAGUCUUGGCAACUAUCUUGUAGACGUUGACGGAAAUCGAUUCCUGGAUUCCUUCAUGCACAUCUCAUCCAUUCCACUUGGUUACAAUCAUCCAGCUAUUCUUGAUGUAGUGAAAAACCCAGCCAACUUGAGUUUAUUUGCAAACAGACCAGCAUUAGCUGUGAAACCAACCAAAGAAUACCCAACGGAUCUUUUCAAUGCUCUCGUUUCGGUUGCACCAAAAGGUUUAAAACAUGUACAGACAAUGAUGUGUGGAGCAUGCUCAGUGGAAAAUGCUCUCAAGCAAACAUACAUGUGGUAUAGGACCAAAGAACGAGGAGGACCACCUUCACAAGAGGAUCUUGACACUUGUCUUCUUAACAAGCAACCUGGAAAUCCUCCAUACAGCGUGCUGUCAUUUCAAGGGUCUUUCCAUGGCAGAACAGUUGCCACACUUUCUCUAUCGCACUCUAAGAUUGCCCAUAGGAUUGAUAUGCCCACAUUGGAUUGGCCUAUUGCACCCUUCCCAAGGCUCCAGUAUCCACUGGAGCAAUACCAACAGGAGAACCGUGCUGAAGAAGACAAGUGUCUAGCUGAGGUUUAUGCACAGGUUGAGAGGAUGAAAGCGAGAGGUGAACCAGUUGUCAGUGUCAUCAUUGAGGCUAUACAAGGUGAGGGCGGGGACAACCAUGCCACACCCUACUUCUUCAAAAAACUCCAGAGUAUAUGCAAAGAGGUGGGUGCAUCUUUCAUUGUGGAUGAGAUACAGACAGGCUGCCUGGCCACAGGGACCUUCUGGGCGCAUGAGGCUUGGGACCUUCCUGAAGCACCAGACUUUGUCUGCUUCAGUAAGAAGAUGUUGACUGGAGGAUACUACUUCAAGGAGGAAUUCGCUCCUCAUGGGGCUGCUGGCAGAGUGUUUAAUACAUGGAUGGGCGACCCACCUAAGGUCAUGAUGCUAGAGGCAGUUAUUAAGCAGAUCAAGAAAGAUAAUCUUCAGGAAGUAGUCCGGGCAUCAGGGGAGGCCUUACUAUCAGGCCUGGAAGAUCUACAGGCUAAAUAUCCGGACCUCAUUUCCAGAACCCGUGGUGUUGGAACAUUCUGUGCAUUUGAUUGUAAGGAUCCAGAUACAAGCAUGAAGCUUGCGCUCAAAACCAGAGAUUCGGGUGUUCAAAUUGGUACAUGUGGGACACAGACAGUGAGAUUUCGGCCAGCUCUAAUCUUCCAGCCAAAGCAUGUUGACAUUGUGCUUGACCAUCUGGAUACUGCUCUAGCCGAGUUCUAAACGAUAAAUGAAAUAGAUUUUUGUAUAGUUCAGCACAUACUGGACAGCUCUUUUCAAUUUGAUAAUAGGAUAAAUUUAUAUAUGAUUUGAGGCAUUGCAUGGUGAGGUAUCAAUAUAUGUUUGGU